AUGGCAAAGGUGGCUAAACCGAGUUCUCAUCGAAUUGUUUCGGGGCCUUUGAAAAGUGGACCUAUGGUUAAGAAGAAGACACCUUCCGAACUUAGGGGGGAGCUAUUGAAACGGGCAAGCUUUCUGGAUAAUAAUGCUGGAUCUCCACCUUCCUUGGCUGAUCCUGCUAAGACCACUGAGGUGAGCAAUGGAUUAAAAAGAACAGGGUUGUGGAAGCCCCCUAGAUACACUGACACACGGGUUAAUGAAGUAUUUGCUGAAAGUCCAUCCUUUGAACAAACAAGUAAUCUGAAGAAUCUUUCUGUUUUUUCGACUUUGGAGGCUAAGAGACAGCAAGAAAAUUUCUGCUCAGAGACUUCUGAUGUGUCUACUCAGACUGGCAAAGAUAGUGUCUUACAACCUUGUCAAACAUUUGAAAAGUGCAGUCAAGGGAGAUUUCGCAGUGUUUCUGAACUUUCAACAGCAGUGGAUACAUUUUGUGGCUCAGGUGCCAUUGAUUUGGGAAAAGCAUUAAGAGGACUAGCUGCACCUGAAGAACAUGAUGCUAAUGACAAGACUGCUGAUUUUGCUGAUGGACACCCUGUUUUAGGAAAUUUGUUAUCUGAAUGCACUUUACCUGGCCAGAAGGUCCCUUUGGAUCUUACUUUAAAAAGCAGUAUGCGAAUUGUAUCGUCAUCUGUGAACUGGUCAGUUAUGUGUGGUACCAUGCCUCAGUUAUCCUUCCAGAAUAGUUAUCUCAAGAAUCAAAAUGUGAGAGGUUCCUAUGGAUUACAUUCAUGGAUGUAUCCUCAAUCCAUUCUACCGCCUUCUCUGAUAUCAGUCUUGAGCUCAUCAACAUCAGAUGGAGAAUUGGAUUUCUUAAGGAAACGACAAGUAGCUUGGGAAGAAUCCUUCCGGGACCUUUAUUAUAUGCUUCGGAAGGACAUUUGUGGCCUUUUCUAUGUUUGCACUGUUCAGUUUGUGGUGAUGUUUACUGGUGGUGACAGUUCUGGGAAAUCCAAAUGUUCGUGCAAUGCUUAUAUCUCUCAGUCAACCCAAGGUUUAAGAUCAUUGCUAAGAGAGUAUGAUGUCUGUUUCUCUAUGCCUUUUUGCCAUUCGAAAGGGGAACAGGUUGCAACUGAGGAUCUAGUUGAGCUGUCAGAGAUAGAGAAGCAAAACUUAGGACAGAUUAAAUGCACGGAGACAAGAAGAGCUGAGGACAUUGCCGCAUCUUAUAAUGGAUCUAUAUGGAAAUAUGGGGAGUCUAUACAAGGAUCUUCAAAUGACCUUUGUACCAUUGAAAUUAAGGAUGCUCUUCUUCCACCUUGGAUUAUUUGUCGUAUUUGUGCAUUGAUGUCUUCUGAAGGAAGAAGCUUUGAAGCAAGUUUUGCGACGGAUUUUAACUCAGUUGGAUUGAAUGUUGCCUUGAAAUCAAUUUGUGAGAAGGUGAAAUCUGAAGCUGUAGUAGAUAGUGAAAGUGUACAAACCCAAAUAAAUACUUUUGGCAUUCCAGAAGCUUUAGUGACUCCUCAAAUGUGUUCAUCUUCAUUAAAAGGCGUAAGGUACAGUGAUGGUUCUUAUAAGGUGUCUUUAUCCCCUGCCUAGUCUUGUCAAAACAAGGAACUUACAUGUAUCACGUUAAUUUAUUAAAUGGCUACUGGAUCCUAAACUCUCCAAAAAAUUAAUGGGGUGUUGUACUUCUAAAUCCAAAACUACUGGAACAUCUUGUCAACCAAAAGUAUGUAAUAUCCAUGCCAACUGUGAGUAGCAAAAACUAUGGUCUUGAGUUUCAAAUUGUCGACUACGAAUUGGUAUUGUCUGUAUACAUACAUUCAAAAGUUUUUCG